AAUUGAUCUGUGUGCUAUUCUGUGGGGAAAAUCUGUCGCAGAAAAUGUCUCAGUUUCAUAGGUAGUGUCUCUUUUGUGCAAUGCGUAGCAAAAUAUGGCAUAAAACAUGAUCCCCUUAUGUAAGAACGAAGGACUUUAAUCAUGUAUAUAGUGGUAUUUAGUGAAUAGUUUUUUUUUUAUUUAAAAAGAGCGAGGUGGUAAAGGUGCGAUUUAGUUUCUCAACUGAAUGUUAGUUCAGUGCAGAGUGGCUUUUUCUGCGGUUCGGGUGCUUCAGUGAGAACACCAUAAGAGUAUUUAGAGUGUAAUCCCAUUGGCAAAGACAAGGUGCCUGGAAUAGAAUUUCUGAGAGUGAUUUACAGUUUGUGGACAUUUAUUAUGAAUUGUGGGAUUUUUUAUUUGACAAAGAUUCAGUAGAAAGAUGGACGAGGAGAUGGAAAUUAAGCAAAUUGUAGAGGAGAGUCUCAGAGAUAUUUCUGAAUCACAGAGUCAAAAGAUAAGGAAUCCUUUCAAGAGUCUCAGAUUGAAGAAAAAGAAGAUUCCUGCAGAGGGGCAGGAAGAUCAGGCGGGAGGUUCCUCGAAAGAAAAACCGCCAAAAGUUAAGAAAGCCAAAAGUGAGAAAGUCUCCAAGAACUUCACUAUUCGUGGAGGCUUGGGCAGGAGACGAAAGGUCAGCGAUAAGAAGCCUCCUGUGACAGAAACUACCCCAGAGAGCCUCAAGAGGCAGACACCCGAAGGGGGAAAUCCGCUCAGUGUGUCUGAUGCAACUCUUUCUGAGAUUGAGCCGGAGAAAGCCCAAGAAAUCCCCAAUACGGCUUCCUCGGGGCAGAGUGAACGUAUUGAGUUACCACAAGUGCCUGGCCAGGGCCUCGAAGACGAGAAACCCCACAGAGUGGAAACAGUUGCAGAUCGUGUUUCCGUCUUUCAGCAGCACACCAAGAAAUCCACGUCGUCUAUUCGCUCAAAAAUUGCUAAGAGAUUCCACAUCAUUGAGUCACAGAGUAUCUCUACGGUCACAGAGUCCAAGGAAGACCCUCAAGGAGCUUGCAUGCAGGAACCAGAAGCACCAAAGGACGCAGAAGAGACAGGGAAGCAGGAGAGUCCCAACUUUAACAUUGGUACUGCUGUGAGGCCUCCGCAGAAUCUUGCUCAACUGCGUCACAUCACAUCUUUGGAAAGUGACAGUGAAGAUCUCUCGGGGUUCAGUUCCCUCGAGGAGCCCAAAAAAAGCCCAAAUUCGGAGAGAUCUCUCAGGAAGAUUGCCUAUGUGGCUCAGACAUCUUUUAGUACAUCUCAAGAGGAUACUCUGAACCAAGAGAAAACUUUGGAAAUUGGGCAACUGAAGAAAAGCCCAUCGGAAGAUCAUUCCCUUGGCUCUGAAGGAUCUUCCGAUCCCAAAAAAAUGCCCGCUCAUGGAGACUUAAUUGCUGACAAUGUUUGGACAAAUAUGACACCUAGUGGACAAACCAGCGGUGGUAAAAAAGAACAUCUGUACAAAAUCCUGGUGAUAGGAGAACUGGGAACAGGAAAGACAUCAUUUAUCAAAAGAUACGUCCAUCAGUUCUUUAGCAACAACUACAGAGCGACAAUUGGAGUGGAUUUUGCUUUAAAAGUGAUACCAUGGGACGAAAAUACAAUCGUCCGGCUACAAUUAUGGGAUAUAGCUGGUCAAGAAAGGUUCGGGAACAUGACGAGGGUUUACUACAAAGAGGCUGUUGGAGCUUUUAUUGUAUUCGACGUCACAAGAUCUGCAACUUUUGACGCUGUGGCAAAGUGGAAACAAGACUUGGACGCCAAAGUUCAAUUACCAGAUGGAAGCAAUAUCCCAUGCGUUUUGCUGGCUAACAAAUGUGAUCAAGAGAAGCAGGGCUUCGUUUGUAAUUCAGCAAAAAUGGAUGAAUAUGUUCGAGAGAAUAAAUUCACAGCAUGGUUUGAGACAUCGGCCAAAGAGAACAUCAACAUUGAAGAGUCAGCAAAAGCCUUAGUGACGAAAAUCUUAAUCAAUGAUAAGACAAUCGUAGCCGAUCCGGCUGACGAUGAGAAAGUUAUGCUCACAAAUUCAACUCACUCAACGUCCAAAUCAUGUGCCUGCUGACUACUUUUACUUGCCAUUGCCAUUUAGUCCCUCGACAACGUCCAAAAUGUGAGAUUUUUUAGCAGAAAGGGUCCCUUUUUAUCGUCACAAAACGACAUUGCCGCAAAACUAUUUUCCAUUUAUUGAGAUUGUCUAUUGAAAAUGUUUGUAUACUAAAAAAAAAGAAGAUAAGUACAAAAUUAUAUUAAGGAUGAAGAAAGAACAAAACACGUCAGUUAAAGACAUUCGACGAAGUCCAUCCCAUUUUCUUGAAGAGUAAUCUAAUAAAUUCUCGGAAAAUAUCCGGAAAAUAUUCUUAAGGAGUCUAUUUUGUCGUUGGAAUCUCGUGAUUACUAUUUGUCUUGGAUUUUUGGGCUCAAAGGAUACAUCUUUUUUCUAUGUCACCUUGAUAAUAAUCUUAAAGCAAAAUACUCUUAAAAGAAAUUACAUAACUCACGAUUUAGAGAGUUAUUAAUGAGGGGAUUAUCUAUUGAUAUUGAGAAAGUGCAAAAUAUUUUUGUAUAUAUUGCAAAGGAAAUUGUAGAAAGGACAGAGAGUAUAUUUAUUAGGAAAAUAGAGAGAAAGAUUUCCCCUCUUAUAAAUCAUUAAUUCCAGUCGUGUUAGAAAAUUUCAUACGUAACGUCCCAUGAAGACGUUCGAAAAAUAACCGUGUCUUUCUUUUUUUAAUAAAAUACCAUUUUUAUUUAUAGCACUUCACACAAUUAUUUAAGUCUUUUUUUUUAACAAAAGAAGACUUUCUUGCCGUAUUUACCGACAACGCGAACUGAACAAAUGUUUAUAUCACAAGCAAGAAAAAGAGAGUAAUUAAAUUAAGGCUAUGUAUUAACUUGUCUCACAGCAAAUAAAGCAUUUUAGAGGAAAA